AUGGACUUGGAGAUGAAGAUCAACAAAACAGCCUGGUCAUUGACUGGCUUCAAUGGCGCAACUACGGUUACCGUGGGCACGAUAGACCUCGACGGCUACUCUCCACCAGUGAUCAACUUGCAACCCUUCAUGGUCAUUGACGAAGUCUCCCCUUAUAAUGGCAUUCUGGGCAGACCAUGGAUUGGAAAGAUCAAUGGAAUCACCUCCGCCACAUAUCAGAAAAUCCGUUACCCAAUCCUUGGGGGCAAUGUCGGCUAG